AUGAUCAAUCUCAACAAUAUAUCUGUCGGCUACGUGUCUGGUAUCAUUGCUGCGGCCAUCUUUGUUGUUCAGCUAUUCGUUCCCACGGCCCUGCCAGUCAUUCUUCUUGGACUUCUCGAAGAGAAGAACUCCGCCGCAACUACAUCGGCAGUUGGGUGGUCCGUUGUCGGUCGAUUCCUGCAUUCCUCCUACUGGCCAACUAUUCUCUCAGGAGACACUGCUGCGACCUCGAAAGUCCCUGCGCGCGUGGUGACCAUUGCGGCACUGAAGACUUUCUUCACCAUUCUGAUCGGUGUUGCUGCCAUUGUAACACCACUUGGUCUAUACCAAGACAUCCUCUCGAGCCAAAGAGAAACCGCAUCCGUCUUCCACUAUAUCGCUGAUAAAUCCGAAUUUGGGUACGGAACUCCCCCCAGGACCUACCUUCCUUGGAGUCGCAUAUGCGGAGGGUUCAGUCCUGCGAACUGUCCGAACUCCCCUCAGACCAUAACUUAUAUCACAAAUGCGACAGGAGAAUAUUGGUCAGCCGAUUACUACGACUCUCAUGUGCAUCAAUAUGUCAUUGAUGUAUUCGAAAGCGGCCUCUCGACGCAGAACAGAUCUGUCUCGAGCAUAUUUGACAUCCAGUCAAGAUCAUACACCUGGUCUCAAAUCAACAACAACCCUGGUGCACUAGCACCAGAUAAUGGAUCGUCGUACCCUGUUAGCGCCUUCCGACAAAUUUCGACCAUGGUGCUGGAUGAUGACUACAUUGCCAUUGAGGGCCUCGUGGUGGACAUGAAGAAUGGUGGAAUCGGCUUCAGGAAUCACAGUGCGCCGCCCGUGUCGCCAUUUGGAAGCACAUGGUCCGAAGAUCUCCUCUUUGUUGAGCCGGAAUCGCUCUGUGUCGAUACGAAUCUGACCCUGGAUUUCACUAUCCCUAUUUCCAGUACCUCUGGAUAUCAAGUCUCAGACCUGGUGCUGACAGAUCGAGGGGGUUUUGCCAAUCUCAUCAAGGAAUACCCGGUUUGGGACCGGGGAGAUACACAGAAGAACCCAGACCUCUAUUUGCGCGCAUACAAGGCAGCCUGGAUCAACAACGUGUGGUCCAUGGCCUUCAUGAACGUGACAAACUUUGCCAACCAAAGCGAUCCCGGCUCCCAUGCCUUUGAGUACCUCAAAUCUCAUGUCGGAAAGACAUUCCCUCUCAUGAGCCCCAAUUCAACCGGGAUUCUGGGCAUGGCAUCGUCUCUGGGUCCUGAUUUCCUCACUUCGUCCAGCCUUUAUGGAUACUACCUAAAUGGUCUCGACCAGGGAACGGGAAUAUAUGACAAUACCAGUUCCCUGUUCAACUUUACCUCGCCAUCCGACAUUCCAUCAGUUCCACCGCUAUAUCCAAAUCCGUUUGGAGUCACUUCAUCCAACUUUUCCAGUGCCGAACUUCUUUGUCAAGGCGCUGGGGGCCAAGAUAUUGCGAACAUCACCAAUUUUGCCGCUGCUUGUGGACUCCUUUACGGAGCGCCGCGACGAAGAGACGGGAGCGAGUCCGUUGUCUUUGAACCCGGUUCGAAAUGGACUAUCCCGUUGUACUCGUGCAUCUCCACAUCGAGAGCACGGAUCAAGACUGUCACCUUCCGUUUUAACGGAAGCGACGAUCUCUCUGCGCUGGCCGUCACUGGCAUAUCUGACAAGGUAUACCCUAACGAGUCUUCCAAGCCGCUGUGGGGGGUCGAGAAGACAGACCAGAUACUCGCCGACGUCAACAUCCUGUGGGGUCUUCUGUCAAGACCGGACCAAGGCAACGUGAGUGUCACGACUUUGCGAAAAGAAUUCCUUUAUCUGCCUGGCUAUGUUGGCGGAGGGGCCUCAGGUCCGUUCACCGUUGGCUAUCAGAACCUACCGGGCGUCGAUUUCCACGUCGGCGCUCUUGGGGCCCUCUUUUCCAUCUCCACCUACGCAGGCGACAGCACCGCCGACUACUCUGGCAAAACCAAUCUGGCCAUGUACAGGCUCUGGCAAGAUCUGUCUCGCACCCCUGCCAACGCCGCCAGAAUAUUGAAUCUCAUUUGGACCGACGUGGCGGCUAACUCGGUCGUUGGGACGAAAAGUUUGCAACCGCCGCUGCCGCAGCAAACCCUCCAGAAACGCGACGGCAGCUCUUCGCCAGACGAUGCGGCCCUCUUGGUUCCGGUGACCGUGUACGAGCGUCGUGUAAGGUACCACAUGGUCUACGGCAUCCCGGCGCUAAUGACAGCCUUCGGGACACUGUGCGUCUUGAUUGCUGUGCUGGUCGUUUUGUGUCUGGGCCGAGCCGGCACCACGAAGAUGCGCAGAUAUCUUGACCGGACGUCACCAGGGCGCCUCGCCACCUCACAACUCUACACUAAGCCGUCAGCAACGGAUAAGUCUGACAAAGGACCUGAUAGCAGCCGCUCAACAAAAGAUUGGCUCAAAACUCAGGGCUGGAAGCAGAUCACUCUUUCCGAGGCCGAGGACGGCUCUAUUGUCGUGGAGGAUCUGCAAGCCGAAUGUGCACAGCCCUCGGUGAAAACGAUAACCCAAUAUCCAGAUAAGAGCCUCGUGGUCGAGCCUGCUGAGCCCGGGGACAGUACCAAGUAA